GCACAGUCGUUCCUCUACACCCUCAUCAGUAACUUCCCCGCUGGCUAUUGCUGUUCCUAUCAACGCUACCACGCCUGAAGCUAUAGAUCGUGCCGCUCUUCUUGCAGCGGUAGAAGAUAGCACGCAGACUAUCCCGACUACAAUGGGCCCAAUAUCCACUACAGGACACGCUCGACGACUUUCCAUUGCCCAACCCAUCUUGAGUCCAACUGUUGCGGUUGCCCCUGGUCCCAGCCACGGAAGAGCAGCCUCUGUCGCUCCCUCAGCUGCAAAGGCGGCUCCAUCUUCGAUCAAAGAUUUCGAUAUCAUUAAGCCUAUUAGCAAAGGUGCAUUCGGAUCAGUAUUCCUCGCCAAGAAGAAAACGACAGGAGACUAUUUCGCAAUCAAGGUACUCAAGAAAGCCGACAUGAUCGCAAAGAAUCAAAUCACUAAUGUCAAGGCUGAACGGAUGAUCCUCAUGAAGCAAGCCGAGUCUCCCUUCGUGGUUAAAUUAUACUUUACAUUUCAAAGCAAGGAUAAUCUUUAUCUCGUUAUGGAAUAUCUGAAUGGAGGUGACUGUGCGGCAUUGAUCAAGACUCUAGGAUCAUUGCCCGAGGAGUGGGCAAGAAAUUAUGUGGCCGAAGUUGUCUUAGGCUUGGAGUUCUUGCAUGAGAGGGGUAUCGUCCAUCGUGAUCUGAAGCCUGAUAAUCUGCUCAUUGAUCAACAUGGUCACCUUAAGUUGACCGACUUUGGUUUGAGCCGUAUCGGUCUUCUUGGGCGUCAGACGCGGGAAUCUCGCCGGCUCCCAGAGAGGCUCCUCGGAGGAAGCAAGGCUAAUCGGAAUCGAAGGAGCCCAGGAUCUCGUCCUACUUCUUUUGAUUCUGGCUAUCUCCAAUCGCCCUUGCUCUCAGCUAAAAUUGAGGACACUGGAUCUUACUUCAAUCCUCGUAUGGCAGUGGCGGCACAAUUACAAGAUGAUGUGAGCGAAUCUAGUGGCUCAGAAGGCGUGGCACAUUUGAUGGGACGUCGAGGGAAGUUGGCGCAUGCCGAGAGCCCGUUGCAAUCGUUCGCAUCAGAAUUAACCACUGAGCUACGAUCGCAACACGGACAAUCUGGAUCCAAUGCAGCACCUCAUUCCGGCAAUACUCCACCAGGUCCUCCCGAGCCAAAAUUCGUUGGCACUCCAGACUAUCUAGCACCCGAAACAAUUUUAGGUCUUUCUGAAGAUGACCGUUGUGUUGAUUGGUGGGCCCUUGGUGUGAUUACAUAUGAAUUCCUCUAUGGAAUACCGCCGUUCCACGCGGAAACUCCAGACAAGGUCUUUGAAAAUAUCUUAUCAAUGCGUAUUGACUGGCAUGAGGAAUGGAUCGAGUUCUCAACGGAGGCGCGCAAUUUUAUGGAGAGACUCUUGAUUUAUGAUCCCAGCAAACGACUUGGAAUCAACGGUGCUAAGGAAGUGAAAGCACACCCCUUCUUUGCGGAAAUUGAAUGGGACAAGGUCAUGCAAUCGGAACCUCAGUUUGUGCCUCAGGUUACAGACCCCGAAUCGACAGAUUACUUCGAUCCAAGAGGUGCAAUCCCUCAGCUAUUCCAAGAUGAUGAGCCCAUCGCCAUCAACAGGCCGCCUUCUGAAAAUAGCACUGUGAACGAAUCUCCGAGCAAAGCUCAAGGCACCUCUGCUGCUCGUGGACUUCUCCGAGACGCAGUGGCUGCUCCAGCAGCAGAUGAUUUUGGCACGUUCAACUUCAAGAAUCUUCCAGUUUUGAAGCAAGCCAACGACGAAGUCAUCAAGAAGCUCAAAUCGGAGCAAUUGGCCGCAGUAACGCAUGCGUUGGGAGACGCUGCUGCUGCCCACCAUCGAAGGCGUAGCAUAUCCCGGAGGAUCAACAAGCCGACGGCCGUCCUCACCAACUUCGAACCUAAGUUGAACCAGGGGGAAGAAGCGAGGAGAAACUCUAUGCCUAGUAGGCUGAGGACAGCUUCAGUUUCUAGCUCUGAUCAAGAUCCCUCCUUCUCUACUGCCGAGAGUUGGUCUCAGUCUGUUGGCACAUCAAUGACUUCGGCUAGCCCUGCCCCUCAAGAGCAGAAGAAGGCCCAAGAUACGGAUCGUGCAGUUGUCUGCUUGAUCGCAGAAGAUAACCCUAUCUCUGCUAAGAUUUUAGAGACUCUACUG